UCACAUGGAAGAAAUCAAAUGCGCUGACUUCAGCACAGUUUCGUUGACGGAGUUAAUGCCGUAUUUUGAAGAGAAUGGAAAUCAGAAGAAAUGAUCAUGAGUACUGAGGCAGACUUGUGGCGUCAGUAUUUAUGUGUAUGGAUGAUAUGUUUAACAUCGUGUUUUAUUAACGGCAGAUGAUUAAACCCUUCCACGCGGGUUUCAUCAGCAGCAAUAUUUUGAUAACAUAACUGAUCAGAGUUUUUCAUCGCUAGACUGCUGUUCGUGAAUGAUUUAGUUCGGUGGUGAAGGUCAAUAACGUGUUGGAAUUGUGAAAACUGCACACUGGUUCCAUUUGCAACAUUUUGUUUACGUUUUUCUCGCUAUCAAUAUGACGAAAAUUGUUAGAUGGCGCUGAACACCAUUACUGGAAUACUGGCCAAUCAAAUUCGAAGACCGAUGUUGGCGGCACAUUUGAUGCUACCUUUUGGUGGGAAGUCACUUUGCGCCAAGAGGAAUCAAGCAAGCAGACCAACUUUUUUUCUGGACGACACACUUUUCGAGAAAAUGUUGGGAUCUAGUCAACUGAAAACCAUUAAAGGGAAAGUGUUUGAGGAAGAAGACAUAACUACCCUGCUCCCUAAAGGAAAGAAGGCGUGCACUAUCUCUGUAGAAGGCAAUAUUGGGUGUGGGAAAACAACUCUACUAGAGUACUUCAAGGAAUCUCCAAAUGUGCAGGCAAUACGUGAACCUGUUGAACAGUGGACCAAUGUGCAGGGCCAUAAUGCAUUGGAACUCCUGUACCAAGAUCCAAAGAGAUGGAGUUUCUCUUUCAACCUGUAUGCCCAGCUGACCAGGAUACAGAUGCAUACAUGUGCCCAUAAUAAACCAGUGAAGAUGCUUGAGAGAUCACUAUUUAGUACAAGAUACUGCUUUGUAGAAAAUGACUACAUCAACAAAACCAUCAAUGGACUAGAGUAUGCUAUCUUGAACCAGUGGUUUGAGUUCUUGACUCACAAAAAGAACACACAACUUGAUCUGAUUGUGUAUUUGAGAGCGGACCCCAGAACAUGUUAUGAACGAAUCAAAAAGCGAUCCAGGAAGGAAGAAUCUGGAGUACCAUAUGAGUUGAUUCAGAACUUGCAUGAUCUACAUGAAGAAUGGCUGGUGCAUGAAAGAGUCUACAAGUCUCCUUGUCCAGUACUGAUUCUUGAUGCCAAUAAGGAAUACACACAUAUGACAAAGUUAUAUGAAGACAAUCGACAGGAAAUCUUGUGUGGGUAUAUAUGAAGAUAGUAAUGAUGAGAGGAUACCUAGUGUGACAAAUACAGACCGGAAAUGUGUCUUAAUGUUGUAAACAUCAGGAAUGAAUCGUCAAGAGCUUGGACCUAGAUUACACAUGGCCAGUACUCCUAAUACUGACGCAGCACCAGUGUGUUGUAAGACUUGUGUGUCAUCAAUCAUCAGUCAUUAUACUACUGAUCUCAUUGUUUUUGUAUAUUUAUAUAUUGAAGGAUAUUACACAAACCAGAAUGUUAUCGCCCUAUUCAGGGGUUUUCUUAAGGAUUUGACUUGUCCAGAGGGCAAGUACCCAGGAAUUUUUACUUGCCCCCACAGAAAUGGGCUUGCCCUAUAUAAGUGUACACUUUUUUUAUACGGACAUGCGUUCAAAUAUUUGGUAUUAUACAGAAUUUUGAUAGAUUAUAAAGGUAAAAACAAAUUUACAUCUGAUUUUUUAUCUAUCCACAAGGGAGUUUAAUUUUAACUCGACAAACAUCUCAUAAACUUAAAUUGAUAUGAAUUUCAAACAAUUUAACAGUGCCCUUGCAACUAGCUAAAUCAAAAUAAAAACAGACAUUUGCAGUUAAAAACACAUUUUGCAUAUAAAUCUUAAUUUAUUCACAUAGGAGUUUAACUUUAACUCAACAAUCAACUUAAUAACUUAAAAUGAUAUAAAUUUCAAACAUUUAACAGUACACUUGUGACGAGCUAAAUCAAAAACCCUGUAAAAACACUAAUUAACAGCCUAUACUUUUCAUUUUAACUUUAAUGCAUCUGAAUUACAUGAUUUUCUCAGACAUUUGCAGUUUUAUUUUCAGAUUUGAAUACAAAAUAAUUUGAAAUCAUCCUAAAUUCCUUAGAAGCAAUCAGCAUUUCUUAGAUAGGUAAUGUACAUUCCUGAAUUUAGUCUUCAGUCGCGAGAUGGUUUUUUCAUUAAACUUCGAUAGAGCUUUCAUUGCUUCCAAUUUUUCAACAUUGAAUGGUUUAUUCUUAUGCUUAAUGACAUUUCCAGAGCUGUUUCUGAGCUUUCCGUUUGUUCUUUCGAUGAUUCAGUUGAUUGUUUUUGAAAUA